GUUGCUGAUUUCUCUAAGGGCGAAAAUGGCGUCGAAGGCACCAGUGGCAACUGGCAGACUUAUGCUGGGCUUUAGAAAGUGGUACUACAAUGCAUGUGGCUUCAACAAGCUUGGUCUUCUGCGGGAUGACACUAUCUAUGAGAAUGCAGACGUGAAAGAGGCCGUUCAUCGGCUUCCAGAGCCCGUCUACAAUGAUCGCAUGUUCCGCAUCAAGAGGGCCCUCGAUCUUUCUCUUAAACAACAAAUUCUUCCCAAAAUUCAGUGGACAAAAUACGAAGAAGAUGUGCAUUACCUUGAGCCCUACUUGAAAGAGGUAAUCUCUGAAAGAAAAGAAAGGGAGGAGUGGCAGAAAAAAUAAGAUGAUAGGAGUGUUGGUGUUGCUGUCUUGUAUUUAAGAUAAAGUUUAUUGAGCGUGACUUCCAUGUACUAAUUAAAUUUCGAUACUGACA